GCAAGAGAAAGCAACUACCAUGGAUUUGACUAAACAUUUAGAAAGUACUCUUAAGACUUGUGUAGGUACCAGAAUGAAAAAUCUAGCAGCUAAGGUUGAAAUAUUGAAAGAAAUUAGAUGUGUCAAUAUCAAUGCUCAUUUUGGAAAUGACCUGUCAGAUGCUAUACAAGUGUUGGAUGAAGGCUGCUUUACUCUCCCAGCUUCUCUGAAUGAAUUAGAGAUAAUUUGGGCAGAAUACUGUCUGGCUCAGGGGAAGAUUCAAGCUUGUCAGAAUAUGAAUGAAGGGAAUAUUUUGAUAGCCAAAAGAAAUGAAGUACAACAGAAGCUGUACAUGGCAGUAGAAGUUUUUAUUCUGGAAGUUGAUGAGUUACCUCUUAAUAAACGCUUGAAAACAUUACAGGAUUUGUCAGCGUCUUUAGAAGCAGUAUAUGGACAGGCCAAAGAAGGGACAAACUCUGAAGAAAUACUGAAGAAAUUUUAUGACUGGAAGUGUAAUAAAAGAGAGUUGUUCACCAGCGUUAGAAGUGAAACAGAGGUUUCUCUACAACAUCUUGUAACAUGGUUUCAGAGUACCUUAAAGGCCUUUGAUCUAUCUGUGGAAGAAUCACUGACUUCUGAAGACACAAUUGGUAAUAUUGAUGAAAUCCUAGAGAAGGCUGGGUCAAGUGUCUGCAAAGAGCUGGAGAUAUCUCUGAUUGAGCAAGGUGAUGCAGACAAGGAGAUCACUUUAAAUGCAUAUAGUCAAGUAGUACAAAAGAUCCGUUCAGAGGAAAGGCUUAUUGCCACAGUACAAUCCAAGUACAAGGACAGUGUUGAGUUUAAGAAACAGAUUAUUGAAUGUUUAAAUAAGAGCCCCAAUGUGGAUCACUUGCUGUCCAUUAAAAAGACACUGAAAAGCUUAAAGGCUCGACUGAGAUGGAAAUUGGUUGAAAAGAAUAAUUUGGAAGAAUCCGAUGACCAUGAUGGAUCUGAGAUUGAGGAAAUAAAACAAGAAAUAACUCAGUUGCAGAAUAGUGUCUUUCAGGAAAUUUAUCAUGAGCGGGAGGAAUAUGAGAAGCUGAAUAGCUUGGUACAGAAAUGGUUCCCUGAGCUUCCUCUACUUUAUCCUGAAAUAGGAUUACUUAAGUACAUGAACUCUGGUGGUCUUCUUACAAUGAGCUUGGAAAGGGAUCUUCUUGAUGCUGAGCCCAUGAAGGAACUUAGCGGGAAGCGUCCUUUGGUAUGUUCUGAGGUUAACGGGCAGAUAAUUCUUUUAAAGGGCUAUUCUGUGGAUGUCGACACAGAAGCCAGGGUAAUUCAGAGAGCAGCCGCGUAUCACAGAGCUUGGAGAGAAGCUAAAGAAGAGUCUGGGUUGCUACCAUUGAUAUUCCUAUUUUUGUGUAAGUCUGAUCCUAUGGCUUAUCUGAUGGUCCCAUACUAUCCUAGGGCAAACCUGAGUGCUAUUCAAUCCAGCAUGCCUUUAACUUUAGAAGAAGCUUUAAAGGUCAUGAAAGGUGUUGCCCAGGGCCUGCAUACAUUGCACAAGGCUGACAUAAUUCAUGGAUCACUUCAUCAGAACAAUGUAUUUGCUUUAAACCGUCAACAGGGAAUUGUUGGAGAUUUUGACUUCACCAAAUCUGUGAGUCAGCGAGCCUCAGUGAACAUGAUGAUUGGUGACUUGAGUUUGCUAUCACCUGAAUUGAAAAUGGGAAAACCUGCUUCUCCAAGUUCUGACUUAUAUGCUUAUGGCUGCCUUUUAUUGUGGCUCUCUGUUCAAAAUCAGAAAUUUGAGACAAAUGAGGAUGGAAUCCCAAAGGUGGAUCAGUUUCAUUUGGACGAUAAUGUCAAAUCCCUCCUCUGUAGCUUGAUCUAUUGUAGAAGUUCAAUGACUGCUGAGCAAGUUUUCAAUGCUGAAUGUUUCUUGCUACCAAAGGGGAAAUCAACUCCAAACUCAGAAAAAGAUACUGAAUACACCCCAAAAAAAGAGGAAGAAUAAUUAAAGGUGGAGAACUUGGAUAAAGAUAAGGAAAAGACAAGAUAUGGUGAAGCCAGCUUUGAUUGAUUAAUAUUCUUUUGUUGUUGCAGAUGUUCCUUUUUAAAACUUUGUUUAGUUUGGUUAAAUAAACAGAAAAAAAUCUGGGAGUGUU